AUGCUACACGCUGCGACGGAAUACUGGAAGUCGAAUGAACGCAAAUACUGCGAUUUCUGCAAGUGUUGGCUGAGUGAUAACAAAGCUAGCAUUGCAUUUCAUGAGAGUGGCAAAAGGCAUAAAUUAAAUGUGGCGAAGCGGAUUACGGAUAUCAGUCGCAGCAGCGAGAAGGCGGAGCGUGAGAAGCAAAAGAUGAGCGCGGAGAUCCGUAAAAUGGAGGAGGCGGCAAUGAAAUCCUAUGCGCAGGAUAUUCAUGGUCACCAUGGCGACAUGACGGCGCGUUCCAUUCACACAGUGCUCGGUGCAGCGACGAGCAGCGGAAGACAAGGACUUGGUGUUGCCAGACAGCGACAAAUCGAUCCAAUGCGUCUGGAAGGCGAUUCCGAUGAGGAAGAGGAUAAUCGUCGUGUAAAUGUGGAUAAAGUUGGCAGCUCCGAAACGGUGCCAGAUGCUUCACUGUGGGUGGAAGGCAAAUCGGAUGAGGGCCACACAUAUUACUGGAAUGUCAAGACAAAUGAAUCCGUCUGGCAGCCACCCAAAGAGGGUUAUCUCUCAUAUGAAGAAUACGAGCGUAUCAAUCAGUUGGCCAUCGAUCAGCAGGAAAUUACGCAGGCAAAGGAAUCAUUGCGAUUUCGAGCCAAUGCGGAUGAGGAAGUGGCACGUUUCAAUCGAGAACGUCAUGCUCAAAUCUAUCGCAAGCCCGAUAAUUCCAAGGAGAAGAAACAAAAGGAGGAAAAGAGACUGGAAUUCAAAACGGAAGAGGAGGCGGCAACCAAGGAGAUUGGACAAUGGCAGAUUGUCGAAACCAAACCACCGCCAGCACCUAUUGAUUGGGAGCUACCUCAAUCCAAUUAUUAUGCUGCAGCGCCUGUUGUCAUCAGUCAGCCCGAUAUCGAGCCACCAGUAAAACGUUUCAAGGAGAAAACCAUAACGGGAUUGGAUGAAGCUUCCACUUCUUCCAGUGCGCCGGCCACAUUUAAGAAACGCAAGUUUGCAAAUAAAGGGAAUGCACGCAAACCCUUGGACGAGUAGCAUUAAGUUAUCAAUUAACUAAAUUGGAAAU